AAACUGGUAUGUGGUAUCUAAGAUACUUACUAGUCUACAUAUAUGACUCAAAAAUAAACUUGAGAAAGGAUCACAAAAAAUGUUCUCCUUGGCCACCAUGCUGCAUAUUUUAUGACUAUUACUGUUCUGUCUGAUCUCAUUUGCAACAGUCAUUUCUGUGUUGAGAUACCUUAAUAUCAGCACCAUGUUAGAAUCUUUUCCCAACAUGCUGAUGAUGAUGAACAGGACAUACAUGGUUUAACUAUAUAAGGUUGAUCAAUGAGGAUUUCUGUCCUUCAGUUUAUCUUUGUUGUUACGUCACUGAGAUUGGGAAAUGCAAACAAUCUUGUCAUUCCCAUGACAGAUUGGUUGACCUGUGUGAUCACAUUUUGGUUAUUGGUUAAUUUGGUUAAUGCCCGUGAUGUCACUGAGAUCAGUGACAUCACAGACAAAGAACAAACUACAUCCUCAAAAAUGAGCUUCUCAUGGGUCAACCUUAUACUAGUUCAACCAUGAGGACAUAAUCCUAGAAACAGCAACAAAUGGAACUGCAAGUCCCUGUGCAAUCAUGCAGCUUUCUUUGAUUUCCAACAGCUGUCUCUUUUCUUUUAUUUUGAUUUCAUUUUGUUGUAAUAUUAGAGUUUGUAGAAUUCAAUUUGUGUUAGAUAUUUUUGUUAGGUAUAGUCCAAUAUUUAUUUGUGAGCUCCAGAAAUUUGAGUGCAAUGUUCUUUGUAGCUAGUUUACUGCCAGUAGCUUUUCUUUCAAAUCUAAAUAGAUUUUUGUAAUGGUAAGAAUUUAUAAUUGAAAUCAACAAUAAUUAAUAAUACGGCAACUUUUGCUUUUGGCAAAGCUUGAAGAUUCAAGUGAAUUAAAGGAAAUAAUUAGUGUAAAUCAGUUUUGUAUUCUUGAAGGCUGACUGAUUAUGAUAUUGAUAUCUUUAAGAUUCAGAUCAAGCAUAAGAGUUUAACUUGUUGUGAACACCAGAAUUGCAAACUGAGGUCUGGUAGAUCCUGCAGAGCUAUUCAAAUUUAAUACCAUCCAACAACAUGGAAUUGAAUAAACUAUCUCCAACCAGGCUCAAUGAAAUGAUCUUUUUCCUAAAACUGACACAGACCAGGUGACAAAACCCCAAAAACCAGGUGAUAAAACCCAGUCUUGGUUGCCAAACAAGUAAAUAAAAUGAUUCAAUGCUCUACAAUUGAAGAUGUGUUGAUCAACAAAAGACAUAACCUUGUAGCUGUGGAAUUCAAACCUAAUGAAGAAGAUGCAAUGAAAACCUAACUUUCCACCAGUAAUCUUGGACAAUGGCAAUCUUGGACAAUGGCAAGCUUGCCAGAUAGUCAAGAUCUCCCAACUUCCAAAAUUUUUUGGAGCAUCAAAAUAAGACUCCUUUGUCCUCAAGUUAGACUUUGAAAGCAAACAGAUAUCAGAAAAAUAUAUUUUUGCUUGCAUCUCAUACAGUACGGUAUGAGAGAUUAUAACCCUCCUCCUCUCAGAUGCUGCAGGUGUCAGCAACAGAGACACCUUUCAAGUGGGUGCACUGCCCCUGAAUGUUGUUUGCUCUAUGCCAGUAAUCAUUCUAAAAAUGUGUCUCUAUAGAGGUCUGUAUAAAUUCAGGUCUCUAUAGAGACCUGAAUUUUAGGCAAAUUAUAGUAGCUUGUGCAAAGAAAUUUUCCUAUCUAAGUUGAUGAAUUAUGUAUGGAAGAAAUAGUGCCAGCAAAAAAGUGCCUAAGUCAAGAAAGCCUCCAUGUCAAAAAACCUUGCAUGCCAAUGUUGCUCCAGGUGGCUUACCUGGGGGUUGGGAUAAUUUUCCUCCAGUUGCACGCCAACAAAUUUCAGCAAAGAGUUGGGUUGAACAGUGCAAUGCUAAAAGAGAGCUUGAAGCUGUCAAACGACAGCAAUGGCUUGAUGCUAGCAAGCAUUUCAAAACUGUUCAGUUGAAGGCUGAUAUGUACAAUCAAAAACCAUCUGCCCCAAGGUGCUGCACUCCUCUUGUGACCAACAUUGAGCAGCACUCCAAAUCAACCCAACAUUUUCAUGGAGCUACUGGCAUGGGACGUCAGCCAUCAUCUGAGGAAGAUGCUUCUUAUCAUGAACAUCCUCCUAACCUUGAAAAUUCACUGCUACAACCUGAUCUUACAAAUGAAAACCAAAAUGCAUCUGACAAGUUGAUGUUGACAUGUAAUAAGCCACGAACAUUAUUGGAUGAAAGCUCAUAUCUUAAACCAGAGAUUGCUGCCUUAAAAUCACGUCUGGAAGAAUUGAAGAAAAGAAAUACAGAGGAACGACAAAAGCUUAAUGAGGAGCUGAGUUACAGAGCCUGGCAGAACAGCAACACUGCAGUGAGACAGAUGGAGAGUGAGCGGCUGCAGCAUUUUGUGCGCAGUGCUUGGGUUGAUCAGAGAAGAUGGAAGGAGGAUGAGAAAUUACGUAGGGAAUUGGAAGAAAGAAGAAUUGAGGAGGCCGCAGCUGCAAUUCAAAGACAACAGGAAGAGGAAGAAAUUAAACUUUCUCUAGCAAAGCAAAAACAAAGAGAAGAAUAUCAACGAGAAUUGGAGAAGCAAUUGCACGACAUUAAACGACGAGAGGAAGAGAAGGCCAGACUGGAGGCAGUAGCUGAAAGCUUAUUAAGAGAGCGGAAUGAGCUCGUGGCACUCAUGGAGAGACGAGAGUCGCAGUUACAGUCAAGAAAGUCCCGAGCUCUCGCAGUGUCAUGGGCAAGACAACACCACAUCAAACUAAGACAACGAGCGUUGCUAGUCAAGCAGGAGUUGAUGGAGGAUGAAGCUCUUGUUCAAGAAUACAUUAACUUGCAACAAAACUAUGCGUCUGGCUCUGCAAUAAAAGACGACUUGUCAUUUGUCAUGAACGUGAUAGAAGAACAUAAAAAGUUGGAAGCACUUCGUGACAAGGAGUACGACUUGCUUUUCAGUGAGGAAGCUGCGCGGUUGUGGCGGGUACGAGAGCAACAGUGGGAACGUGAACAAGAAGCUCGUGACAAACUUUUGCUGGAUGUUCUCAAGGAGCGUCAGCAUCAGGUUGAUGAAAAGGCCAGGGCGGCCGCUGAGGAUGAAGAUAAACUGAAGCAUGAGUGUGCAGAAGCCAACGAUCGCAUUGCCAGGACAGAAGAAAAUCUUUGGAGGUUAGAUGCUAAAGGUCAGGAGAAACAAGAUGGUAUGACUAAAAAUUACUGUCUAAAUGACAUGACCGCAACUGCCAAUGCAAGGGUAUUAAUUAAUGAACAAGAUGCACAAUCGGAAGCCAAUCAUAGAAAGAAAAUCGCAAGACUUGAGGCUGAGAUGGCGCGUUUGUGGGGGCCUCUCUACGUUCCUCCUCACUACGGCCGCAAAAAGGUGCAAUGGUAGCCGCGGUAUCCAAAGACCAUUGAAGAGGUACGACGCUGCUGUGACGUCUCUGUUCCAGUCAUCACAGAAGCUCAGCUUUUAGACAUUAGUUUCUUCUUAAAUCUUUCCAUGCCUAAUUUACUUGCCAAUACUAGCAGUGAAUAUAUGCCUAGUUUUUCGUUUGUGUUUUCGUGCUACAUCAUUUUUAUCGUUACGGAUAUACUUGUCUUACAUCAUGUAUCAAGUGCUCAGCAUUAUUAAGUUAAUGGUAGUUACAGUGGAUAUUAUAUUUUACUCAAUACUCACUGGAACAAUACUCAAUUCUGGAACAAUACUACUUCUAAUAUUUAUUUUCGUAAAAAUGUGCAUUCGCAUCGGUAUGAGCAACCAAUGUGCAGAUCUUCCGCUUGUUUGAUGCGAGAAUUUACUUCAAGGUACUUGUGCAGCUGAUAACUUCGGAUUAAAUAAAGAAAUGUAUUUUUGUAUUCUGUUCUUCAACUGAUAAACGCGGCUUAAAUAAAGGAUUCUCUUGA